UUCAAAUCUUUAUGAAAUGACAAUGCUGUUUUGUCAUGUAAACCUAACAAAAUGGGUUGUUUAGAUAGUAAAGGAUAGGUUUUACAUAAGAAGGAUGAAUAUUUACAAGAAUUUCUGUAGCUCCAUGGAGUCAUGCUGAGAAUAUAUCUCUUUCUUCUUCUGUUCAUGUCAACGGAGGAAACUGGUCAAGAGAUUGACCUCGCUUUCGCUUUGAAUACGCCUUCAGUGAUGUCAGCUACUGACUUGUCCAAUGCCGUUGACUUUAUAUAUUACAUCACUGAACGCCUCACCAUCGGACCUAGUAACACCUUGGUGACUGCUGUUACAUACUCCAAAACCCCAACUCAGCACUUCAACCUUACUGCAUAUUCAUCAAAAGAAGCGGUGCUAUCUGCUUUGGCUACAAUGAAAUCUGCAAACAGAUCGUUUGAAGAGUCAAAUUCAAAUGAGGUUCUUGAUUUUUUUAGAACAACAGGAUUUAGGGAUUCCCGAACGACUUCAUCGAAACUUGUUGUGCUAAUCAUGGUGAAAGGACCAACUAGCCGAACACUGACUACAUGGGCAGCACAAGAUUUGUUCGAUGUAUAUAGUAAUACAAUGAUAACAGUCGGACUGGAUUCUUUAACUGACAGUGAUAAAAAUCUUCUUCUAUCCAUAGCACAAGAUGAUUCAAGGACGUUUUACGUUAGUGACUUCAAGUACAGUUGUCAUAUUGUUCCAAAUAUCACAAAUUUAAUAGAUUCAACAGCAGACACAAGCAUAAUAGAAGACUGCCCCGACCCGUAUGCCAUUAUAGAUACCACGACUCCUGUCUACCCCACAAAAGAUGAUUCUUUUCCGCUGGUCACCAUCGCUGCAUUGAUUGGGUUUCUUCUUCUCCUGGCCUGUAUCAUCAUUGUCUAUAAGGUUGUUAAAGGAAAUGCUAAAGACGCCGCGGUGCUUAGAGCUAUAGAAGUGUAUGGAGAGGCUCGACUAGGAACCUCCAAGGGGUCCUUUUGCCUUGAUGAACUGGGAAGGUCCAGUAGAGCUGAAGAAAAUAAAUCCUCUUACACCCAGAGAUUAGCGCUGGCCAGAAAUUUUACAAACUUAUACAGAUGGCAUAAUUCUCGCUAAAUGAUAAUAUAAUGUUAAUAGGGAUAAACUAUAUCUUCAUUAUUAUUACAUGUAGUUCAGUAUAUGUGAAUAUGAAUAGCAGGUUCAUUUGUUUAUAAAUCUUUAUUUGAAAGUGCAAAAUAUGUAUAAAAAUGUGAAAUUCCUUUCUUUUUCUUUAAUAUAACAUUGCUAAACAUAUUGUAAUGUUUUUAUAAUGUUUGUAUAAUUUCAAUUUUAAAACUGUGAAAUUCCUUCCCGUUCCUUUCGCAGAACAAUGCUAAACAGAUCGUAAUGUUUUAAAUAAUGUUUAUAUAAUUUUAAAUUUACAAAUGUGAAAUUCCUUCCUUUUCCUUUAACAUAACAAUGCAAAACAUGUCAUAAUGUAUUAAAUAAUGAUUAAAUGAUUUUAAAAAAUUUGAUUUUAUAAAAUGAUUUAUUAUGAAAGAAGUUGAAGAAGAAAUUUAAUCAGUCUCAUAAUACUGUUUUGUCAUAUUCUGUUGUGUUCAAAUUUAUUAUGAAUAUGUCAAACUGAAUAUAUUGCUUUUUGGGAGGAUUACGAUUAUUGUGCACCAUUUUCUUUGAUUCUUCUGAAGAUUAUAAAGUGACAUGCAAAUAGAAAUGCAGAUACAUGUAGACUUUGGCUAAGUAACGUCGUAAAACUUAUUGUGUGUUAAAUGUUGAAUGCACAAUGUAUUCUUGUCCAUUAAAAUUUCAAUCAGC